AUGUCAAGUCAGACAGAACAAACAACUUCUACUUUUCAUCUAGUAGAACAGUUGUUUCAAAACCACCUCACAAAACUUCGACAGUCGGAUGCCAUCCCGGAUGGACACCCUAUCAGCAAGAAUCCUGCGGACGAUGGACUCAGGUUAAGAGUGAAGGACGUGGUCGGGAUUGAUCUACCACCAGCCCCCAUCACGUCCGUUUUGGUCGACGCAUAUCUUCAGGCUAAUCAUUGGUAUCUGGCCUUGUUCCACGAGCAAAGCUUUCGCGCCCGAUUGGCGCCUAUUAUUCGGACGGGCCGUAUUUCUGCAUCAGAGAAGCCGUUUUUGAUGCUCAUCUUGAUUGUUUUGAUGAUCGGGGCUCGAUUUGUAUGCCCCGAGAGCAUUGGUCCGCACGAUGCUCUGUUUGAUUCUGCGCUAUACUCGUCGCAAUUACUCGAAGCAGUUGAGAAACAUCUUUUUAUUGCACUGCAUGAUGUUACUCUUGAGUCCGUCAGUUGCGCGCUAUUGAUGUCAAUCACAUACCUUCUCGAACGCAAGACCAAGCUCGCGUUCAUAAUGACAGGCAUUGGUGUCCGGGUCGCCCAAGCUAUAGGGUUGCAAGACGAAACGACCUGGGAACCCCUUGACCAUAUUGAGCUCCAGGUGCGCAGGAGAGUAUGGUGGUCCAUUUACAUGGCAGAUAUGUACACCGCGCAGGCUUACGGUAAGCCCUCUGUUUUUGUCGGAUCGCGAUUUCAGGUAUUCGAGCCUGAUGAUCUGGAUGAUACGUUAAUUGCAUGUCCCGGAAUGGGUUCGUUUGAGGUGCGGGAAGAUGGCACAUUCAGCCGCGUAACCAUCUUCUCCUACAACAGAUACAAAAGUCCACUUUAUUCGAUCAUGAGUCUCAAUACCCAACGCAUGCGCCUAAAGCAGAUAAAUAGUGUUUAUGCCCGUCUUCUAGAAUGGGAAAAGACUCUCCCGCGAGAGUUACGGCUGGACAGCUUUAGCAGCACUGAGAACGAAGUGCACCAGCACGGGGCCCUGCGUAUUUUUGCCCUCCAGGCGAUAACUCUCCAACUGACUUACGAUUAUAAUCAUCUCCUCUUAUUCCGACCUUUUCUGCUCAAUAAAAAACAUUUAAGCAUUCAAUUGCAUCCGCAUCCUGCAGAAGCGCAAAAUAGCAUCUCAAUCACCGUCCGCGACCAAUUGUCUGUCUCUGCCAUUAGGAUGUCGAAAGUUUACGACUGGCGGACAAUCCUUGUUCUCGCUUCGAGGACAACGUGUGCUGCUCAAGUAUGUUUUCAGCUCUUCACUGCUGGCGUCGUGCUAGCGAUGCUAGCUUUGUCCGACCUCUCCUCGCCUCAACUAGUCGAGUACAAGCAGGCUCUUGCACGAUUGAUCAAUAUUCUACCCCUAAUAGGAGGGGGCACGCCGCUUAGCAACCAGAGCGUGGAAAUCCUGACCGAUGCAAUGCAUAUUAUCUCAUCGCAGGAAGUCAAGGCUCUGAUUUCAAAUGCGACGAAUGAUUUCCGUACAGAUCGCUCUAGUCCAGCCGUUGCCGGCGCAUCGAGGGUGCAAGCAACCCAGGCUAAUAUGCAAAGUUCUACCCUUGACUCCGCGUCACUGUCGGAAGUGAUGGAUGACACAGAUAUGUGGGAAGAUCUAGUGUUGUUUCCUGAUGAUCAUGAGGUGGAUAUCGCCGGUUCUGAGUCGUUUUAUCAGUCGCUUGCUCUGCUCUUUUAG